AUGGCGUCGAGGUCGACAAUGGAACACGCCGACACAAUAUACAAUGACCCGAGAAAAGCUUUUGAUGAUCCUCGACGAGAAGCAAUUUUCCGUAGGACAUAUCGACGUUGGAAGAAGGCUCUUGGUCACGCCAAGUCCACUCCUGUUGACAACCUUCUACACGCGCGUGAUCUAGACAAUCUUCUGGUUCGAAUACCCGCGCUGCCAGCACGUAUCCCCAGCAACUGGGGAGCCAUUGAGGGAUUUUCAACUUGGCAAAAUCAAGGCAACUCUCCAAGUAAGAGCUGUGACUUGCGACAGAAGCAGAAUCCAACCCAAAAGCUCUCCCUACGGCGACCACGGUACACCAAGUGCAGUCUAUCCACCGAAGCAAGUUUCCAAACAUGGAAAACUUCCAAGUAUAAUGGAUUGGCUCUUCUUGUUCUUGCCUGGGCGUACAUUCUUAAUAUGAGUCUUGCAGAACGGAAAGACCAGGAAGUAGCCUGGUGGAAACUCAUUAGCACGCCCGGGAGGCCUCAGCUAGGCAAAAAGGAACGAGGUCCGCAUCUGCCCUGGACACUUUUACUUGAAGACGUUGGCUCACUAGAGAUUAUCGGGAGCGGAGUUGCCUCAGAACUUGCGGAACUGCCAACGGUCGCCAUAGCUGCCACUUAUCUAGCUCGGUUUUGUGCCGCCUGUGGCCUGGGAGAUCAGAACUCUGCGGCAUUUGCAGCGGCGCUCGUUCUCCCGUCGCGCAGCUUCUACUCCACGUAUACGAUGCUUCCCACAAUAACUUUACCCGCAGUCUCAUUACCUCCAUCCGUAAAUCUCUCUGGAUCAUACGAUAUCUAUCCUCCCCAUUUCGAGUCACUUAGCUAUUUCAUGACACUCAGCCUUUCCAUCCACACCUUCGAUGCUUGCCUGGAAAGUGUAGUUUGGGAGCCGGGUAUUGACUGCAACGUUGCAGGAGCCGUGAUUCGGGCCAUCAGUAAGAUAGUUGAUCCAAUCUACGAAUCGAGAGACUACGAAUUGCUAGCGAAAGUUCUGUCUAGUACAAAAGCGGCGCCUUUGUGGCUCGGUGUUGCCUUGUGUAAUUGGGGAUAUCCCCUUCGCGCUUGUCUUGAGUAUGGUGACACUUACACAAUCAAAUGGGAGGAGAUAGCCCCUUGGACAGGCAUUUCUCAGUCGUUUCUAGAUCUCGAAAACCAGGGACCAUAUCUACGAGAAGAUGAUACGGUUACUAGAGCCAAUGUUUGGCGCUUGCGUCACGACUGCUUCAAUAACUAUACGGAUGAGUCUUACCAUAAGAUUCCAAAUAACCCGUGGCCCCCUUUUGGGUUUAUGCGUUCCAAGGACGUUGAUAUGGAGUUGCAAAGCCACCUCAGAUGUUCACACCACUGGAAGUACCAACAUUGGACAUGGCUUGUUCCUGGAUCUAUAAGAGACAAAGGCUUUACUACGCAUCAACGCAACCCUGAACCUCCGAUGCCUUUACCUCUAGAAAAUAUAAGUACUGGUGACGAAACGGUAGUGGAUGAGGAGGAUAUGGAGGCAAUUUGUCGUAUUUCCAAAUACACAGCCAAAAACGUCUUCUUCUGGUCCCGUGACCAAGUAGAAGAAAAUUUCACGCACAAUAUCGUCGAUGAAUUUUACCAUGGUGAAGAGCCAUUGGAGGAUGAGCAGAGCGACAAGGAGCCAAUGGACUUUGGGCCAAUAUACAAGUGGGUGGAUGGAGUAGUAGCACUUGAAGAAGAUUCCGAAGAUGAACUAUCCAGGGAGUAGUAAAAAGCAACAGGUAGGCGAAGGUUUGACAAACGUCGGAAUUGAAUCCAUGAGAGUGGUAAAUAGGAGUUUCUGUAUAUGCGAUGGUAUGUAGCGUGUAUAUUA